AUGAGGCUUCCUCCAGAGCAGAACCAAAGCUGGGUUUCUGAAUUUAUCCUGCUUGGCUUCUCCAGUGACCCAGUCUCCAACAGGAUUCUCUUCUUUGUCUUCCUUCUCCUGUACCUCAGCUCAAUCCUAGGCAAUGGGCUCAUUGUCACUCUGAUCUGCCUGGACUCUCAUCUUCACACUCCCAUGUAUUUCUUUCUCUGUAUCCUCUCCUUUUUAGACAUGGGGUAUGUCACCACCACUAUGCCUCAAAUGCUGGUACAUCUUCUUGCUCAUUCGAAGACAAUUUCUUUUGCUGCAUGCUGGAUACAGAUGUAUGUGUUUGGUUCCCUGAGUCUCACAGAAUGCAUCUUCUUUGUGGUCAUGGCCUAUGACAGAUAUGUAGCUAUUUGUCACCCACUACGUUAUACCAUUAUCCUCAGCUGGAAAAUAUGCACAAUAUUGGCAGCUGGGACAGGGAUUUGUGGUUCCUUUUUCUCUCUGAUUCACACCUUCUUCACCAUGAGUUUGCCUUACUGUGGGCCCAAUAUUGUCAACCACUACUUCUGUGAAAGCCCCUCAGUAAGGAGCUUGGCUUGCAUGGAUACCCACAUUAUUGAAAUGAUAGACUUUGUAAUGAGUGUGUUUGUGGAUGUUACCCCACUUUUUAUCAUUUUGAUAUCUUACAUCCAUAUUGUUCUGGCUAUUCUCAAGAUCAAGUCCAUCAGUGGCCGUUUCAAGGCCUUCUCCACUUGUGCUUCCCACCUGACUGCAGUCAUAUUCUUUUAUGUUCCAGCUAUAUACAUCUACCUGAGGCCAAAUUCUAGCUAUUCUCCUGAACGUGACAAGCAGAUCUCACUCUUUUACAAUGUCUUCACGGCUUUGCUCAAUCCUAUAGUAUAUAGCCUGAGGAACAAGGACAUUAAGGGAGCUUUUCUCAAGAUGAUGAAGUGUAAUAGGGUGGCCUGGUGA